UAGGUGUAAAACGAACAAUGCACCGGUUAAAGGGGAUUUCCCGGAUUUUUUUUUUGUUGUUGUUUGCAAAUCCAGAUUAUUUUAUUUGGUGUUUUCUUGUAUUCCAAGUCGCACAAUGCUCUGACAACCAUACAGAGGUUCAGUUAUGAGUGUUACAGAGCAGGGUGAAGUGUGCAUAGAUCAGAAUAGAAACUGGAUGCAACACUCAUCUUCAGCUGGUGGAGAUCACAUGGCUCAGUGUGACAAAGUAUCUCGAUGUGUCCGUCAUAUUGCUGCUCAUGAAAAUACACAGCUGAAGUUUAAAGUUCCAUAUGUUAAUUCUGUUCCAACCAAUGCUGGAGGCAGUGGUGAGCAAAUGUUUACUAAAUUAAAAGAGCAUCACAGUGAAAAUGCAGACAGUGAAAGUGUCACUCCCACGGAAUUGGCUUCCAAUGAUACAGAUAAACAAAGAGAUGAUUUCAUUAGUGGGAAUAACCCCGAGGAUGGAGAAGAUUCAUUGAGCCGUGAGACAGUACAGAAGCGUGUAUGUUUGGUGAAGUUGUAUGCCUGGAUUAAAGAGGAGAUGUCUAAAUCAGCUGCCAGGUCAAUAGCUAGUCAUCUAUACCAGAGUGAACAUAAAUUGCUGUCAAGGUCUGAUCAUGAGAGUAUCUUACACUGCUCAUGGAGGAGGGAUGCUGUGGAGCAGUUACUGAAAAAGGUGUUAAUGGGUCCAUGUGACAUACAUGAUGUAUUUAUCAAAGCACUGAAAGAACAGGAAGAAAAACACAUAGCAGAGAGACUAGAUGGGGAAACUGCCAGUGAUACAGAAAUCCAAGAAUUCUCAGCUUUAGAGUUGUCAUCUCUUGGGCAGUGUAUGAGACCUGAUAGUCAUGAGCCACGUCUCAAGUUCACUGACAGCGAUCAUCAAACCCUCCUGUACUAUCUUAACAACAAAAAUACUAUAGACAAUAUCAAUGACCACCUCUUGUCCAGGUUUAUAUUCAGUAUUCGUGAGCACACAAAUGUCGUCCAUUGCUCACUGGACUGUGAAAAACGUGUAAAACAGUUAAUAGAGACAAUGAAAGUAUGUGCAGAGAAAAUAUUCAAGGUUUUCUGCGAGAUUUUGAAUUCCAUUGAGAUGUCACAUGUGAUUGGGAAACUAGAGAAAAGAAAUCAGGGCGCUGUCCCAUGUAGACAGAGACAAAAGAGGAAAUCUUCCCAUACACAAGAUAAUGAAUCUGAACCAUCAGCAUCAUCAUCAUCAGCUAAACGUCAGUGUUUGAAUUCGUCCAUAGAGUGUCGUCUGGUCACAUCAAUGCAAAGAUCUUCCUCCACAUUAAGACUGCAUGCCAUUGAUCAGUUAGGGUUUGAUGUUGAAAAUGUAAAUAAGGGGUCAAUAGUCAUCCAGCUGUGUCCAAAGGAGCCUGACUCAUGGCAUAAACUUGAGGAGAAUUGCCGAUCUGGGAAGAUAAAAGACUUUAUUCCAGUUGUGUAUAAUAAUGAAGCUGUACAGGACCUACUUGAGGAAGGGGAAUACAGGCUAAAGUUUACAAUAUACACAUUACCAACACAACCUGAUAAACAAGAAGAGAAAAAAGUGAUGUUCCACUUGGAGACAGAACAGCAGCAACCAAAAGCAAAGCAAGAAGAAAAGAAAAUGGCCAAUGGUCACCAUGAAAACCUGUUAGAAGAGUGUUCUGAUCUCCUUUGCGAAGAGCUGGAGAUAGAUAAAGAUCUUAUCAUCUUGUUGAAAAGUGAGAAGCUUGUAGAUGAGAAUAUUAAAGAGGAGAUAGACAAACAGGGUUCUAGGGCAAAGAAAAUCAAAUAUUUGUUAAAGAAGAUAGGCUCACAUGGCCAAAAGGGGUAUGAAGUAUUGAAGGAUUAUAUCAAAGAAGAGAAUGAGGAUCUGUAUAAAGCCUUGGUUACGCGUGAGGAGGUGAAAGCCAUAGACAACAAGAUGGAUACUGCUGCCAAGGUUACCAAGGCCAGACCUUCCAGUGGGGGACACAGGGGUAUCUACAAGAAGGAAGUGUUCUUUACUGGUACAGUUGUUCUCAUGGUCAAGAAAAAUGUUGGGAAGAAGAAAGGAACUAAAAAUGCCACAGAAAUAGAAGUAACUUGUCCUGAAAUUAUUGAUCCAGUCUGCCAUUUUGCUGAGAAAGGUAAAGAGAAUCAGUCUAAAUCAGGGGAGGUAACCCUGGUUCUAGAGGAAGCUUGGAGUCUUGUUGGAGCAAAUCAGCCACCUAAAAGAGAAAUUCUUGUCGGCAAAAGGAAACAGACAAAAGAUACAAAAGCAUCAACCAGUAAAAGAGUACAUAGUCAGAUAGAAGAGACAGAUUCUGAAGUAGAGGAUAAUGAUGAACGAGAGGUGGAGACUCUAGAGACGGAUUACCAGGCCAUUCUGGAUCACUUGUAAAAGCAAGGACUGCUGCAAAAACAGAAACAGAUUUGAAAGAGACAUCGGCAGAGAAAAAAGAGUCAUGUGGCAAGGAUAAAAAAGAUGGGUAGAAAUCUUGAAAUGAUUAUUGUAUAACAUAAUGGUAUUGAUGGUGUGCAAUCUGGAUUACAGUCGAGUUAUUUUAAAUGGGUACAACAGUACUUGUAUGACCACAGCAAAGAAAUGGAAGUGCUUUAUUGCUCUUCCUUAGCAUGUGUGUAAGAAAUUGAAUGUAACACGUUACAUUGGAAAAGUAAUACUUCCUAUUUUUUGUCUUUAAAUAGUAUUGUAUCUAAUCAUGUUCUUGUAAAUGAUAUGAAAAUUGUUUUAAGACUCUUGCAUUAAAAGUUUGUCUCAUUUUAAACUAUGGGUGAAUUUGUUUGUAUUAUAAUUGAUGUAGUUAGUAUAGAUAUGCAGCUUUCUUUGCUACCUUGCUUUGUGCUUGUUCUGACUGUUGAUUACAAAUGUAGUCUUACACUGAAUAAGUUGUAGAAAUUCCAUUCCCUUCUGACAGGCAACAUUUAGUUGUUUUAAACAUUUAAGUAUUUCCUAAUAUACACUGGGGCACUUAUAAACAUUUCGUCCAACUCAACAAGAUGUCAGACAUUCCAGAUGGGACAAUCUAAUUUAUUGCUUUCAAGUGCUAUUUUUGACAGAUUUUUAUAGGAUUUUCUCAGAUGCAGAGGUGGGGUAGUGAUGGGAGUGUGUACAAAGGGCUAUUAUGCAGUUAUUUUAGGAACUUUUAUAUGGCAGUGUUACUUGGUCCUUUUUAAAAAUUUCUUUAGUUCUACGAAGAAAAAGUUAUUUUUUUAUACAUGUCAAUAUUUUUUGUCUUUUGAAAAAAAUGUACUUCCUUUUAUUGACCACAGUAUACUGGCAUUGUGUUUGACAGUGUUUUAUUUUGACUGCUUGAAGUGUUUUUGUAUAAUUUGAGGCCAUUUGUGAUUAACUGAAGUUUCUAGGAUUUUUUGUCUGAUUAAUUAGUGGUGAAAUAAUCAGCACUUUGACAUACGUUGCAGGAUAAGGUUUUGGUAACAAGGUGUAGGAAAUAUUUGUUAUAUGACUUUCAUUGAAAUAAAAUGCCUGUGUGUUCUGUGUAAUGUAUAAACACCUUUAUUAUCUCUGCUUUUAUAAAAUUUGAAUGUCCAUUUAUUUUAUAAAAAUAUACUAUAUUGAUUAUUUUAUAGUUUUGGUUCAUAAAAUGUUUUCUUUACAAUUGAUUGUAUUUUGCCCAUCUGAGCCCUGCUGUAAAAAUUUCAUAAAUAUUGUAGAACUGUCUGGUAAAGAUAAAUGUGAUAACAAAUACAACUGAGUGGUAGACAAACCUUUUUCCAAGUGAAGUCACCUAUAACUUUCAAAGGAAAGUAUUCCUAAAUGUUUCAUGCAAAUGUUUAGCAAUUCACAUCUUCUUUUUGCAGUAUCUUCAUAUAUGUGCAAUAAAUAAACAUAGAAGUUGAUACAGGUCCUUAAGGGAGGAUUUUGACAAUGUAUGUGUAGUUAGGAGGGGCUGUCUAGAAUAGUUGCUUUCAUCCUAUGUACUUAUUGAACUUGUGUAUUUUACAUUGUACAUAGAGAAUAUAUGUUGCUUCAUGUUAAUAUGUCUGGUUUAUUAUCUAUAGAAGUGUGUUCUGUUUGUCUUAGGCAGUCAAAUAUCAAGUUUUCAUUUUCACAAACCUGAGGUAUACCAUGAAUUUCAUGGUAGGACUUGUUGAAUCGCUGAAAAGAAUGAAUGUAUUGAUGUCUGUUGUUCCUGUGUCACUAGCAACUAAACUGUGCUGUGUGCAAUGUUUACACAGAACAGUAAAUAAAAUGGUUCACUGCCUUGUGAUCAUUGUUAUUAGGGGAGCAAAACAAUACUGUAUACAGAUUUCUUAAGAACAGAUGAUUUGAUAAGAUUGUUUGGGUUGUUCUUUCUGGGUAUGGAAGCUUUAAUUUCUGACUAUUUCUCUGUCAGCAACACCAAAGUAUACAUUGUUCACUGUUUACAAACAACACCUAAAAGUGUAUAUUUAGUAGUAUUAACCACUUUGAUUGCCUGGUGGUAGAGCGCGUCCACUUCGUGAGUGGGAGAUCAUUGGUUCGAUCCCUGGAUGCCUCAUACUAAAGACAUGAAAAAUUGUGCCAGUAACUCCCUUGCUUGGCACUCAGCAUGUAAAAGGGAAACUUGCUUCUCUUCUCAAAUAUCCUUGUGAUGAUGGAUUCCAUCAGGUGUGAGGUGUUGAGAGAAUUAAUAUAAUAUAUUAUUAUUAAAUAUAUAUUUAUAGUCCUUUCCAUUGGUCUAGAUGUAGUCACAUAUCAAUGAUAAAAAGUCGUAUUGACUCAAAAGCGGAGCUAAAAACACGUAUUGACAUCCAGCUGUGACGUUAGUAUGGUUUGACGUCUAAACAAUGCGACAUUGAAGGUUUAAUACAAAAAAUGACCAAAGGCUGCAGAUAUUUGUAUUUAAUCUGUAUAGUAUACUUAUAGGUAAUCUGGAUUUAAUAAUAAAACAAUUGUUGCCUUUGAGGUUUGGUCAGUAUGUGGAUUUAUCGACCUGAUAAAUCCACAUACCAACCUCACCAAAUGGUAAUUAUUGUAUAAUAUAGCAUGUAUCAUGUAGCAUUUAUAUCCUUUAUAGCAUACAGCUUUUGUAAUUAUUACGCAAAUCAAUUUAAUUGCUUCAAAAUUGUAUAACAUAUGCUUAGCAGUUAUAAAUUAUUGCAAUCUAAUUGUAUAAUUCCAACCUUCUGUGUUCUUUUAGUAGUAUACGGGUUAAGUUUAAUUUUCGUCUGUUUCAAGCUUCUGUCUUUUCAUUAUCAUUUCAUUACAACAGCACAAAAUUAUUGUAGAUGAAUAUCAGUAAAGGUGAUAAGGGAUAUGAUUUAUAAAGUCAUGUGAGGAAAAGUUAAAACAUCUAGUACCAGUGCAGCAUCCCUGAAAUGCUUGUAGUUUAGUUCAGGGUGUAAUACUGGUCAAGUCAACAUGCAAUAAUGUCAUCUUUAAGUUUAAACUUAUCAGAUCUUCCAUUAAAUGUGUGGUUAUAAAAUUGAAUUAGGUAAUAUGAUUAGGUGUAUAUGUGUGCUUUCAUUAAAGUGUUAGUUGUGUGACUUUUUAUCACUUUUGUUUUAGUAGUACAUUUGUAUUUACACUUCAUAUUGCAAAAUGUAACUUUGUGUUUUGAAAAGUAUGCUUGUGUCAUGACUUUUUUGGUGAAAUAAGUUGAGCAGGUUCAAUAAUUCUGAAGUUUUGUCAAUAGAAUAUGUUUGUUUUAUGUCUACAAUUAUUAAAAAUAUGCAGUAGUCUCAAGAUGUGUCAUAUUUGGACCUUGUUUCAUGGUCGAGUUCGAUCAUUUUGUCUGUUGCCAGUCAUGCAAUCCACAUUGUGAUUGCUAAAAAAACAAUAAUGACUGAACUUUAGUCAAACUUUUCUCAAUUGUUUUGUUAACUAAACAAUGUUUUUCAAUUAUUUUUGUAGUCAUUUUUGCCUUGAUGGCAUUUCUAUUUAGGCAUUAUUUUUUUCUACGAUAUAUUCUGUGUCUUUUUAGUUUUGUGUGUUGUAGUGUCUGCUUAAUGUGGCAACAUAUCAGUUAUAAAUGUGAAUGGGGGACACUUACUUAGGUUAAAAUGUUGUAGGUCUACAAAGUUUUAGAAAUAUUUUAUAAAUUUGCCACUGCAAUAAGAUGAUAUAAAGUACAGUAAAUAGAGUGGAAUGAAAUUGUUAAGAAAUCAAAUAAAACAUUAGAUUAUUCAAACAGUCUGCAAGAAAGAGAUAGAAGCAGCAGUUAAUACAUUAAAUAGAGGAAGAUCAGAUAUUCAUUGAUUAAUUAUUGAAAAUAUGAUUAUACAUGGUAGAGAUAAAGACAGUUUGAUGUUAUAAACUUUCCGGUGAAAGUUAUAUUUUAUUAGUCUAAAUGUUAGUGUUUUUGUUAAGUGAUUUUGCUGUUAGAUACAUUAUGUAACACUGGGACAAUUCAGCUUUUGAUAGUGUUCUUCUUCACUUAAAUAAAGAUACAGUGCUGAUUAAA